CACACACACGCAGAGAAACACACACUGCAGCUGCCGGAGCUCCUCAUUAACCCAACAGCAGCUCAGAGAACCUGCAGCAGCCAUGAGGGUCUGGAUCAUCACUGCACUCAUGCUGACGGCGACAGCGGCUAAUGCUCAAGAUGUGUAUUUUACGAGUGACGGAGCGGUUCUGAGCUGUCCUGGAGCGGUCAGUGAGUGGGAUGAGAAACAAAACAAGAAUCAGAGCUUGACAAUUAAAGCUGAUCAGGGAACAGUGAAGGGAACACACAGAUGUAAAUAUGAGGAGGAUACUAAAGAACACACACACGUCUUCUACAUCGACGCCAAGGUGUGCAAGGGCUGUGUAGAGUUUAAUGGAUGGUUGGCGACGGCUGUUAUAUUUGGAGAUCUGCUGCUGACUGGAGGAUUGAUCCUCAUCAUCUACCUGUGUACCACCAAAAACAGCACACACACCCAGCAGAAAGCCUCGACUCCGCGCUCUGCUAAUCCUCCUCGACCCCCAAACCCGGACUAUGAGAAACUGAACACCCAGACUCUCAGCAGUGGUCUGUACGCCGGCAUCAACAAGACCUGAGGAGGGUUACUGUAAUGAUGAUUCACAGACGCUUCUGGAACGCUCCAUGUGUGUGUGUGUGUGAGUGUGUGUGUGUGUGUGUGUGUGUGUGGAAAGUUCAGCUCAUCUAACACCGGAAACUCAAGACUUUUCAAAUGGAAAUACUGAAAAAACACUGCUGACAUUUCUGCUUCUCUGAGACUGUGUGUGUGUGUGUGUGUGUAAUGUAUAUGUGUGUGUGAUUUACUGAUCUCUCUGUGUGUGUGAAUGAUUCAGUGGAGUGAUAUGGAGUUGUAAUGUGCUCAAACCUGCCGGAACUACUUUAGCUGUGUGUUUAUCUGUCAGUAAUGGAGAGCUCCUCCUCAGCCAAUCAGAAUGCAGCGUUCAGCAGCCCUGUGCUAUAUUGAUGUGUUUUCUCUUUCCUCAGCCUCUGUGUGCGUGUGUGUGUGUGUGUGUGUCCAGCUAACUCUGUAAGUCUGUCUCUGAGCUGAAUGAUCAUCUGUAUGGGAACUAAAUAAAGCUGAUGUAUUGAA